AGUGAUAACCGAUAAAUUCGACACAAAACGGUAUGCAUUGCGCCACCUAUCAUUUCAAAUAUAGAUAAACAAUAAAUAUUAAUAUUUAAUACAGACAAAACGAACAAUUAUAAAACAAAAUUAUGAAAAAAUGUUUUAUUUACAAGUACCCGAUAUAAAUAUAUCCAUAUUGGAUAUUGAAGAUUCAGCUUUAUCACGUUUGGGGCAUUUUGCUACUUAUUCCAAAUUAACUAACAAACAAAAUCACUUGAGAUAUUUGAGGAAUUCUAGUCUUUUAGACUACUCUGGAUUUCUGUCACUUAGAACCCAUGCAAGUUUAACCGAUGACCAAGCAUUAAAGGAAAUGGUCAUUGAAGGAGAAUGCCGUUUAAUCUCGGAACGUUUAAAUUUAAUGAAACCAAAUUAUUUAAGAAAAUACUUAAUAAAAAUUAUAGAUGAUAUAAGACUUUUUGAUGUUACUAAUGACAAUAUAGAUGUAUUACUAAAAUUCUGUUCAGAAUAUAAGGAUAAACAACAUGUGCCAUGUAAUGAACAUUGUAGUGCACAGUCUAUUGAAGUUCCUUGGCAAAAAUGCCUAACAUUAGUUUCCAAUCGAAAAGUACACCUUAAUCAAGGCAUUGCCAUUGUACCUUGUAAUCAAUGGAAUAGUGUAUUAGUUGAUUUAUUUCGUAUAAUUUAUAUUAAAUCAUUACGUACAAUCCGUCGCUCUAUGUCUGCUUCAAAUAGUAAUAAUUUACAAAUUGAAUAUCUCAGUGAGAAAAUAAAUGGGUAUUAUAAUUCUAAAAUAGCCUUUUGGAAAAAUAUUGAUAAACAGGUAUCUUUGGAAGAACUCAUUUCAAAUAAAAUAUCAAUACCUCCUUGCAUGUUAUUGUCAUUAAAUUCAUUAUUCACAAAUCAUCGACUUGCACAUGAUCCCCGUUAUCGGUUGACAUUAUUUUUAAAAGAUAUAGGAAUACCUUUCGAACAGACUUUAGCGUUAUUUCAACAAGAAUAUUCCAAAUGUGGAAAUUUAGGAAGUGCAUGCACACAUUCUUGGGAUAAACAUCACAAACAAAUAGAAUACAAUGUCCGACAUACUUACGGUAUGGUGGGGUCAAAAAAAGAUUAUCAAAUGACUUCUUGUGUUUUAAUGCAGAAACAAAAUAUUCAAGUUCCUGAUGAAGGAUGCUGUCCAUUUGUACAUUGUAGUAAAGAUAAACUAAAAAAUAUCUUAGAAGAAUUUGUAUCCAUUGAUGAUGAUGAAAUGAAUAUUAUAAAUGAUUUAAAAAAUAGUGAUCAACCUAUCCAAGCCUGUCACCGGUAUGCACAUAAAUUGUUUCAAACGUCAAAAUCCCUGUAUCAUAAUACACCAACGCAGUAUUUUUUUAACUCAAAAAAAGCCAUUAUUUAAAUAUGUUUCUAAGAUAGGUAAUUUAAUGUAUAUAUAAUAAAUUUACAGUAAACAAAAUAUUAAUUUAUUAA